CGUGGUGUGUUCCGGGAGUGUUCGAAUCUCUUCCUCUGGUUUCCACUCAUUUUCUAGUCGUAUUAUGAUACAAAAGGAUAAUGUUGAUAUGGACUGAAAGGAAAUGCAGUAGAAUAGAGGUUUUUAUCGAAAGUUAAACUCAAAUGACGUGUAUUGAUGCUGGCAAUGCUGUAAUUAGGCAUACGGUCUACGGGAAACGGCGAUGUCUUGACGUCCUGAAUGAGGUAACCGAUGAUCACUCCAUGUACCUGCGAAGCCUGACUCACGAAAUCAGCCUGUGUUCAAACAAGUGCCUAAUGGUAAACACAAUACCGGAGAAGUCUGCAGUCUAACAAAAACAUACUGUUUGUAGCCAGCCAUGAGUUUAAUCAAAGACAUUCACAAUAUAGGGGUGACUCUGUCUCCAAGAUCUGUCAGGAGAAAGAGGCGGAACGUGACGGCGAGGAGAAAAAGUGAGAAGAGAACCGAAGGAAAAUUUGAUAUCCAGUGGGAGGAGACGGCGCUCGAAGGCCUCAAGUACCUGAAUCUCUUCCUGUUGCUAAGUAUUUUCAUCAGUGGAGCUGCGGCCUUCAAGGCCCCAGAUGCGACCAUCAGACUAGAAAAAGAAGAUUUGGAGUUUCUCUUCGGCGACAAAGAAGUCCCGCCCCACUCCUUAGUGAACAUCAGAAGCCGGCCAAGGGAGAAGAGGUCCUCCGACACCUUGACCGAAAGCCCGGGUUUCCUGGACUUGGUCGUGGAGGACGAGGAGGAGAGGCUCGAGUUCGAACUCCGACCGAACACCGCCUUAGUAUCUCCCGACUUCGUCAUCGUCGUGCGGGACACCAACGGUUCCACGAAGGAGAAGGGCGUCGUGAGGCCCUCCUGCGUGUACGUGGGCGCAGCCAAAGGGCAUCCCGAGACACAGGCCGCUCUGUCCAACUGCGACGGCAAGGGAUUCACAGGUGUUAUCGUGGCCAACAACUACACCCACCUGGUGAAGCCCCUGCUAAGUAAUUCUCUUCGGAGGCGACGCCGUAAGAGGCAGGAUGUAGAUGGCUCUGAGGAGGAGUUUGAAAAGACUCCAGAUGGUCUCCAUGUCAUUCAUUCUAGGAGCAGGAAUUCGAAAUGCGCCGUUUACAGUGUUCAGGCCAUGAGGGCACCCAAGGAAAUUGUUAUACUUCCUGAUAACUAUCAGGAAGACCUUAAUGCUACAGACACAGAAAAUGGAACAUCUGAAAAUGCAACAGUGACUGAAAACUCCAAAGAGAAGAAGCAUAACAUCUCAAAGAGAGCAGCCGUUGAGAGACUUCAAAUUGAAACUGCUGUGUUUGUUGAUGAUAAAAUGUACACCGUCAUUGAUAGUCAGAAUCCAAAGGCAGAUAACAUUGUGGAGACCAUUACUGACAUUGUUUUCGCUAUCAUGAAUGGGGUCCAUUUAUUGUACAAUGCUCCAUCCCUAGACAUCCAUUUCACCAUCAUGCUGGUAAGAUUAGAUAUUAUCAAGGAUCCUACCAAAGGGCCCUCAAAGGCUGGGGGUGACAUACAGAGAUACUUGAGCAACUUCUGUUACUGGCAGCGUAACUUAAACCGCUUAGAAAAUCCAGGUGGGGACGCAUCCAGUGGAUUUUGGGAUCAUGCACUUAUGCUGUCUGGGGUUGACCUUUGGGAUGGCAAACCAGAAUCUGAUUCUGUCAUAGGUCUAGCAUGGGUAUCAGGCAUGUGUCAUCCAACCUAUUCUUGCACAAUCAAUGAAGGAACAAGUUUUGAAGCUGUUUACGUCAUCACACAUGAAAUGGGACAUAAUCUUGGAAUGUCACACGAUGGAAGCUUGGAGGACAAAAAUACCUGUGAUCCGGACACCUACAUCAUGUCACCUUCAACUGGUCCUGGCAAAGUUACUUGGUCAAAAUGUUCUAAUUCUGAAUUGAAAACCUUCUUAAAAGAUAAUGAGUAUUCUGCCGACUGUUUGGAUGAUUUAGCGAGAGGACCAAGAGAACUUGAUUUCAGUGAUGGAAAGCUGCCUGGAGAAAUCUACACUGUCAAUCAGCAAUGCACAUACGCUCUAGGAUCAACUUUUAAGCCAUAUGUUACAUCUAAAUAUCCAUAUAACAAUGUAUGUCGUGAAACUUGGUGCCAAAAUACUACCCAUGCAAUGCGAAUACAUCCAGCACUGGAAGGUACCUCAUGUGGGGUGAAGAAGUUCUGUGUAAAUGGAAAUUGUGAAAAUAAACCAGCAAAUGCAAUUGAAUCUGCUACAACGGCAAUAACAACAACAACUGCUACCACAGAGGCUCCUAGUAAAUCUAAAGGCUUUCGGGAUUUCUUCAAGAGAAUACGUAACCUCUUUAAAAGGUAUCUGUACUUAAGGAAAGAUCUACCAACUUAUGUAUUUACAUCAAAAUGGACUUUGACCAACCAAACAAUGUGCUCUGUAGCUUGCGGUGGAGGAUGGCUUAUGAGCAAUGUCAGCUGUGCCACAUAUGAGGGUAAAAUAAUUGUCGAGGAUGACAUGUGUGACCCAAAGGAUAAGCCUCCAAACAAAUCAGCAUGUAAUACUAACCCCUGUAAAAUUGGAGAUCCACUGCCCUCACCCCCAUCUGACAGGUCAUUACCCUUUCCAAGUGGAUGACAAAAACUGGAAGUCUGCAAUCUACAUUAAGUUAAAAUUAAAGCAGUUUGUACUAAAUGUUACAAAUAUUUAAAUAAAUCUUUGUUUUAAUAAUCUACAUUACCCAUUAUCUAAAUGUCAUGAAAAAUAUAUGAAAAAUAUAUGAAUUUCCAAAGGUUUGUACUGCACUUUUGUUAUCUUGCAUGAAACAGUAGGAAUCAAUUACACAGGUUUAUAAUUUUCUUUAAUUGAAAAAUAUUCUGAAAUUUGUAAGGAAUUUGGUUCUUAGACAAAUUGUAAGUGAUCAACAAACUGAAUGCCAUCACUGGUUAAAACAAGCAAAACAGUAGUUUUCUAGGGUCUUCUAAAGCACAACUUCCUGAUUCAAUACAGACCAAUUUCAUUAAAUAAGCACUCCUACUGAAAAUAAGGGUUUAUAUGCAUGAAAUAAUCUGUUAAAAUUUCUGAAAAAAUUAAAAUAAAUUCUCUCUCAACUUUUACUGAAACAUCCAGCUACUUGUGGAAGGCAAGAUUCUUGAGCUCUUUGGCUACAGUAUCAAUCCAAUUAGAGAACAAAUGACAUUUUGCUCCAUUACAGUAAUUUAAUUUUAACUUGUAUUCAAUCCUUGACCAUUCAAUAUAAAUCAUGUAUUUCAAAUUUUUCAACUCUGCCCCUGCUACUGCACUGUAUCACACACCAAUAUUACUUACAAGUGUGAAAUCAAGAAAGUUCACAGUGGUUACAUGCCGGCAUCAGUGUACUCAAGGGCAAUAUGAAACAAGGUGAUAAUGACAGGAGAUAGUGAGCCACUCGUCUAUCUGUUACCACUAGUCUUGUUUUGAUUCCUGUACCUGUAGUAUUUACCUAUAAGUGAUAUCCUAAGACAAAGAGGGAAAGCUGAUAGCACUUCCUCUAAUGCACAAACUGUUACAGAAGAAUCAAUAUGACUUAGUAGUCUUGCUAUACUACUUAAUAAAAUACAGUAAUAUAUAAAUUUUCAUAAAAUAAUUAUUUAGAUUACUUAACUAGUGUUAAAGAUAAGUUAUCUUUAAUAAUAAGUUAAGAUUCAUCCCAGAUAAAUAAUUAUCUCCUGGCAGACAAGUUCUGUCAUGGCUGACAACAUAGCCUAAUGCUUUCUGAGCAAGUGGGUGCUUCAGAUAAAAAAGAAUAGUUUAAGAUCACUGAAUUCAAAUUCUUAAUUCUAUCAGGGUUAGUCCAAAAGACCACAGACUACAGUAGAUGGCACAUACAAUUGUACAGGAGCAAUGAGACCUCUGAAGUCAGAGAUAUGGACACUAUGCAGAAGCCACAAAAGCACAGCAGGAGUCACAGACAAGCACUGAGACAGUAGGCAGCAUUCCAUGAAGAACAGGUUAGCAAAUCCUUAACUUAACCAUGGCCCAAAGUCACGUCCAGGAACAAAGGGAACCAUCUUUCAGCAAGGAAAGAGGGGUCCAAUAAAAGAAUCUCCAAAUGAAGGUAAAGAAAUAGCUGGAAUCACAUGCAGUGCGCACGUAGCAGUAGAUGAAAGGAGCGGCAACAAAGAGAUUGGGAUAUCUUUUCAAGAGCAAUGGGGAGAUCAUCUGGAGAGGGAAAGCUUUGUAAGAAAAGAAGACAAGGGUGGAAAAGGCUGAUGAUGGCUUGACAUCUCUUACACUCAAUACUCGACGGCUGAUGAUGGCUGACAUUCUUACACUGAAUACUCGACAAGUGAAGGCUGUAUUGCAGAAAAGAAAGCUGCAUCAGAUGAGACCAAGUCUCGACAGUCACUGCUGCAGAACAAUAAGAUAAAAGGAAAAGCUGAAGGAGGCACCAGCUGCAGUACUGCAGCAAGGUACAGAAAAAGCUGGAGGAGUCGCCAACUGCAGCACCGAAUGUGCAGUUUAUACACUUGCUUUUGAUCAUAAAGGAAUAAGUAAUUAACCACCAGCCCACAAAUACACCAGAUAAAUCUGAAGGAACAGCAUGACUUAUCACUCUUGCCGACACAGAUAUACUGCGGCAUGAUUAAGGCAAAUUCCUGUAAAAUUAUCUCAUGAAAGGUGAAGGAUGCACAUCACAAAAGAAAUACGGUCUGUAUUCCAGGCAAGCAAAAUUACUACACAGUAAUGAAAAUUCAAGACAAACAGAAAUCAAAACAUUAAAUUUUAUUGAUUCGCAACAUAAAUAUCAAACUAAUUUUAGUUAUAAUAAAAAAAUAUAUACGUCAAUGAAACUCCAAACCACAUACAAGGGAGAGCACAGCACAAACUACGUACUAUGAUAAUGUUUACAACUCAGUUUUUGUUAAAGAACACUACUACUACUACUACCUACUCUAAAGUAAUUAUCAAUUAGUAAACAUAUUAUGAACCCAUCAUUGACUACAAUAAAUCUAAUGUAACAUUCAUCAGCAUUGAUAAAUCUCAGUACAGAAGCAAGAGGUUUUGGCAGAAGACAAGGAGAUCCCCAUAAAAAAUGAAGACCUUACCUAUCUUUUUACAACUGUUUUGCUCACUUUUACCAGAUUUUGGCACUGAUUUUCUGCCCAGCUUAGCAGAAGUCUUUAGUAUGACUGUGACUUGUAUGAACAUACAAAAAAUAUCUCCACAAUUAUUCCCUCCAAGCUAUUCUUUUGUGAUGCUUUGUGAUAACAGAUCAAUUACUUUUUCCAUGUAAUGUAUAUAUCUAAAUAUGGCCUCAACAGAUGAAUGUAGCUUAGUAUUUGAAAAGGUCCAAUAUCUUAUAACUAAAGUUUAAGAUUGGAGAUUUAUUGUAUUUUUCCAACACAAAGGAUGUAAAUGAUAAAAUUUGACUGACCUUAUAUGUAUACACUAUGAGAAGCUAGACUUCAAAACUAUUUGGAAUUACUUUCAGAACAUCAGUCCUGGAGAAUAAAUGUACUACAUUCAAAUAGAUUACCCGAGCACUUGGUUCUAAAAUUAGUUGAGCAGUAAUUUUGUAUUUUAUUAUACGUAUCACUAUCUGUUAAGCCAAAUGCCCGUAAAUAAAAUACAAUGUAGAAGUUAGUUCCCAUGAAUAACUUAUAACCAAAAGGACUGAAUUACAUUGUUUUUGCUCUAAUGAUGAAACUUUUCAAAAACUUUUUGAGAGAAAAAUAAAGAUGUAUAUUUUUACCU